GUCUUUACACCCAGGUGUCAUGCAUUGGUCCACUCCCACAGCUUUGGGAGGAGCUGGAUCGCUGCUCAGACCAACUGGCUCCAUAACUGCGCAGGAAAUAUGUGAAUUACUCUUAAAGCAUCCAAUCACAGUGGCUGACGCUGCCUGUUGAGUACAUUCAGCAGGAUUAUUACACCUCUCUCUCUGUCCUCUCCACCCCUCCCCGUCCCUCCAUCCAUUCCCUCUCCACUCUCAGCUCCCUACCUUCCCUCCUGAGUGGAUUUUUUUCGGGGCAGUGCACAUAGACCCCCCUCCUCACCUCACCCCACCCCACCACCCCCCUCCUCCUUCCCCUCGGACAGCUUUGCUCCACCAGUUCUGCACUGUGCCGGCCUGGAGAGGAGUAAGGGAGCGGAAAGAGGAGCGAGAAGAGAGGAUUUGGUGAACCGAGGAGAGACAGACAGGGGAGAGGGACCAUGGCUGCUCUCUCUGCCUUGCUGAAGACCUGGGUGUUACUGCAGACCUUGUGCCUGGCUCUGGCUCAAGUGAGGGGUCCACAAGGUCCUCAGGGCCAGCCCGGCCCACCAGGCCCCUCUGGCAUGCCUGGAUCAGACGGCAUUGAUGGAGAAAAAGGACCUCCUGGGCCCCCUGGUCCACCAGGACAAAAGGGAGAGCCGGGAGAGCCAGGUCCUGAUGGAGCACCGGGAGAGAAUGGUAUUGACGGUCUGAUUGGAGCAAAGGGUGAUCGAGGUCCUGUCGGAAGCCCUGGCCCUAAGGGUCAGCCUGGACCGAGUGGUGAACCUGGAGCUCCUGGACCCGGCCUUCCAGGACUGGCUGGCACUCCGGGACCAAUCGGUUUCCCAGGUGAAAUUGGACCAACUGGACCAAAGGGUGUCUUAGGGUCACCUGGACCUCCAGGACUUCCUGGACCCCCUGGCAAACCAGGUCCUCCAGGGAAGUUCAUUGGUGGAGAAGAAGGCAGUGCAGAGUUCCAGUGUCCUCUUAACUGUCCAGCAGGGCCGAAAGGCCCCCAGGGAAUCCAGGGAGUCAAGGGACACAAAGGACGUGCUGGUGUUCUGGGAGACCCUGGUAGCAUUGGAAAGACGGGUACCAAGGGAGAAAUGGGCAUCUCCGGGGAGCAGGGCAUCCCGGGACCUCCGGGUCCGAUGGGUCUGAGGGGCUAUCCAGGGAUGAUGGGUCCUAAAGGGGAAGCAGGUCCUCGUGGUUACAAGGGCAUCACCGGACCUGUAGGAAUUCCUGGGCCUCCUGGUGAGGAAGGACCUCAGGGACCACCUGGAGAGGCAGGAGACAAGGGAGACAAAGGCAGCCGGGGUAUCCAGGGUCCACAGGGCGUGGUUGGCAAAAAGGGAGAGAAUGGUCUGCCGGGUAUUGAUGGAAAAGAUGGCACACCUGGUAUUCCUGGAAUAAAGGGCGGCCCUGGCCAGGCUGGGAUGCCUGGUCCUCCUGGUCCUCAGGGAGCAGCGGGAUUGCCUGGCAGUCCAGGGUCAAAGGGAGGACCUGGAGCUAAGGGCGAGCCUGGACCUAGGGGUCACUCGGGCCAGUCUGGUGCACCUGGACCUCUGGGUGAGCCUGGUGUCCCUGGUGAGGCUGGUAUGGAAGGAGUUCCGGGACCUAAGGGUGACAGAGGCCAGCGUGGAGAAGCUGGGCCGCAGGGAAUAGUCGGCAAGCCUGGAUCCAAAGGAGAGAGAGGACCGAUCGGUGUUCCUGGUGCCCAGGGUCUAAGUGGAACCAAGGGAGACAAGGGCUUCCAAGGAAAAGUUGGGUCAAAGGGAGACAUUGGUGACCCCGGCGUGGAGGGAUUGGCUGGUGAGAAAGGUGAAAAGGGUUUGUCUGGUGAACCUGGACCCAAAGGACAGCAAGGAAUUAGGGGUGACACAGGACACAAUGGACCCACGGGAGACCCAGGUAAACCUGGAGACCCCGGACCAUCAGGGCUGCCUGGUCCUAGAGGACUUAAUGGAGAGCGAGGAGUUCCUGGUAUGCCAGGCAUUCAAGGAUCGCCGGGACGUGACGCAUCCGACCAGCAUAUUAUUGAAGUGGUAUUGAAGAUGUUGCAGGAGAGGCUAGCAGCGGUGGCAGUGAGUGCCAAGAGGGCUGUGCUUGGCGGAGCUGGUGUGAUGGGUCCUCCUGGUCCUCCUGGGCCUCCGGGGUCACCUGGACCUCAGGGGCCACAUGGUUUACCUGGUGCCCGUGGCAUUCCUGGCAUGAUUGGAGGACCUGGACAGAUUGGAAACACAGGACUUAAAGGAAAAAGAGGACCAAAGGGAGAAAGAGGAGAUCCAGGUAAACCCCACCCAGGACUACCGGGACCUCCAGGAAUACCAGGUCCUCCUGGCAUUGAUGGAGUGGCUCGGGACGGCAGGCCCGGUGAGAGAGGACCUGAAGGAGCAGCCGGAGAGGCUGGUUACCCCGGUAAGGCGGGUCCGCAAGGUCUCCCAGGCUUUUGCGAGGCUGCGAUGUGUCUGGCUGCGUCAGCGUACACCUCCCCAAGACUACAGGAGGCGGGAACGAUCAAAGGACCAAAUGUUUAGAGACCCGUCUCUCCAUUAGCAGCUCACAACACCUGGGAGAGAGUGAGAGAGAGAUAGAGAGAGAGAGAGAGAGAGAGAGAGAGAGAAAGAAAGAGAGAGAGAGGAAGAGAGAAGGCAAGAGACCACUCUUCUCUGUAGGACAACAUCGAGAACGAGGGGUGGGGGACAAUAAUAGCAACUGGGUGUAUAAGCACGCCCCCUUCUGAAACUGACAACCUGAAGUUUUGACGGGUGGGACACACUCUUGAUCUUAAUCCCCCACAUCACCAUGACAACAGCAGCUCACAGCCACCCACAUCCCUCUGAAUUCUCUAGUGUUUUGGUUUUUUUUGGAUGAUGUCAGUGUCAGUCCCAUCCAAAUAUCCCAGCCCCGUUCCAGCAGCGACAGAGGAACAGAUUUAUAUUGCAUCUCCUUGACUCCCGUCACCACCACCACAAUAUCUAUGAGCUGAGAGGAGCUGAGACCCGAGUGUGGUGAAAGGUGCUUUUCUUUUACAUCGUGGUCACUUUGAUAACACAAACAAUAUUUUUGUCUGAGAUGUGUUCUGAAGAUUUCACGCCCUGCCUCUCUUGCAACAUCACACCUGAUGCCUGAAAAGUGUACAAAAAGGAGCAAUAAAUGAUUGAAGCCUAAAUUUACACUCAGUACUGUAAUGUAUUGUACAAUGUAGUUUUGCAUAUGUAAGCCUGACUGAAACCCCCGAUUUACCUCAUGUGUACAUUGCCCCCCCCCCAAUCCACGCUUUCUACCCAAGUCUCAUUUUAGAAACUAACGACUAGCUUUAUCUCUUCCUCUUGUUGCCUGGCAACAGCAUAUCCCGAUGGGCACUCCCAUCUCCCACAAUGCAGUGCUGUAAAUCUUUGUAAAUGUGUGUUGAUUAUUAUGUAGAGAAAAAGAAAUGGGUUACGAUAUGCACCAGCAAAAAUCCUGUGUUAAUGAAUUCAGUGAGUAAUAAAAAGUUCCUUCAGAUAUAACGACUUUUCCUCGAAACGAAUCAGUCCGAAUGUGCCUUCUAUGCCACUGUCAACUUUCCACAGGGUGUCAGCGAUUUAAUGACUGAUUUAUUCUCACCAACAGAAAUUAUUUAUUGUUCUUUAUAUAAUCAUCUGUAAAGGAGGUUUUUUUUUUUUCUCUGGCUGUUCAGGUCAACCCAAACCAAUAAAGAGGAACCUUUUCUAAAAUGCAAUGUUCUUCUUUAUCAUGCGGGGAUUGGAAACAAGUCUCUUCACGUUCAGCUCCUUUUUCCUUUCAUUUCUGCUAUUCUUCCAAAUCUUUAAUAGCAACAAUUCAUGCAUGUAAAUAAACAUAAACAUUCUUCCACCACCAAGGCCAAAUGCCCCCACCACACUUCACUAGACUAAACAAUAAAGUUGUUCCAAUGCAUAUCGGCGCAUAUUUCUUGCAAUGAAAAACAACCACACUUUUUCACACAGUUUUGCUUAAAAAACAUGUUUGUUUGUUUUUUUCUCAAAUGCUUCAUAAUAGAACAUGUAAGGCACGUGUUACAGUAAAGAAACAUACAGUAUAUACAGGCUGGUGAGUUGGUGGACACAGAUGGGAUCACUGAAUGGGCCAACUAGGCAGAAAGGUCAGGGGCCCCUGGGCCAGAGCAUCUGCUUUAACUGACUGUUUCUCUUUUUUCUUUUGUGAAAAUCAAUUAAACAAACGAUUAAGAGGCACAGAAACAACCACAGAGACAUAGAGCGAACACAAAAAGUGCAUAACGUCAACAAAGGGACACAAAAUGAAUAAAGGCACAAAACAUCCUCACAGGUACAGAAAACCAGAGACAACAACUAAAAGAGAUGCAAAAAAACUACAAAGAGAGGCAACUGAACUAGAGCGAUUAAACUAUAAGGGAUGCAGAACAACUGCUAUGAGACACUUCAAUCUGGUUCUGCUCCUCUGGAGGAGAAGUGUCUUUUACACGUCUGUGCCCAGGGGCCCAUUGUCUCAUAAUAAGUCCCCGGGUGGACGACAUCAUUUAAAUCAUUUUUUGAUACAACACAAUGAUAACCACUGGAUACAACUUCUUUGAAAAGCAAUUUAAUUCAGUCUGAAGUUGAACAUUUCCCUUGGGUUAGCUUGUGAGAAACAUUAGUCUGACCACGAGUCAUAGUUUAAAAAAUGUUAAUUAAACGACAGCGAUGGUAAGAGAUGGUGGUGAUUUAAAACUCUGUAGACUUUCAGAUAUAAAAAUAAAAUAUAAAAACCCCAAAAUACAGUAACAUGUAGCAUUACAAGAGCUGUUUGUGAUGCUUUUCAGAAUAUUUUCUUUAUCUUUAGGCGAUUGUGUGGGCUUGGUGGCCAUGCCCAGCAUUCUGCAUUACAGUACCUUCAGUGAAUGGGCUCAAAUAUUGCAAAUAUUUCCUCAAACAAGUGCUGAAAGAUGGCUAUUACAUUUACUUUGGAAUACAAAAUGAAAUGAGAUGCUUUAAAAAGGUUGCAUUUCCAAAAAGACUGGCGUUAAAACGGCACGAAAUGGUUAUAAAAACCAAUAUGCUUUCUUGUGUAAACACAAUUUUCUUCAAUAAUUUGUCUUUUACUGAGCACAUUAUUCCAUUUUGAAAGCUUAUACACCUUAGAAAAAUAUCCCUUUGACAUUUGUUGUUGCUUUGUAUGCAUGAAAAAUAAGUGGCUAACCAUGCGUGUGCCUUCCUAUCAAAUUGUUUGAAAAAGUAUAAAAAAGCCACUAUAUAUAAAUAUAAAUAUAUACAAAACAGUCAAUCCAUCAAAGAGGGUAUGAAUGCACGUUUCUGACAUCUGUUCCUACAGCACUGAAAUACAUUUCUCUGGGUAUUCUCUUACAGGUCAAAUUCAAAUAUGUAUCACACCAUAAGCACUAACAGGAGAUUAGAAAUGCAUGGGAUGCUUUCUGAAAGUGAUUCUGUGUGAAAGGAAAAAAAAGAUACGAGAGGUGGAAGCAAAGUGCUACAAUAAUCGUGUGUCCGUUCUUGCUAGAGAUUUAGGCAAAAGAAAAUGAAAAAAAAAAGAAACAGAAGAGGCCAGCAUUAAUCGAGGAGAAGAAAAUACAGGUUGUGAUUCUUGUCACCUCCCCCUGGGUUUGUUUGAAAAUGUACAAAAGGAGUGGAACAGAAAAAAAAGAGACACGACCAAAAUAAGAGGCAGUAAUAUAGCAAUGAAUUGGCA